AUAAUAAUCCCAACACCGAAGACACCGAAGACUCAAGCACCAACACCAACAACUCCCAGAUACCCGCGAAAUAAUGAAAAUAAUCGUAUGGAAGUAACAAGGCCAACACCAAAGCCGACACUACAUCCUCAGCAGCGCCGACCAUAUUAUCCCAGAUACCCACCAAAUGCUAUACGUUUGGGUGCACUUAACGAGCCCUACGCUGGCAGAGUGUUCUCGUAUAGGAACGUGAACGACACCGGCCUGAAGGCUGCCAGCCACGAAUGUCAUCGGCAAUCGUGGAAAUUCGGCGGUAAUUUCGUCCCCUUCCUUACUGACAGCGUGACAGCUCUCACGUCAUUGGUAAAGCAUACCGAGCGAGGAUUGCCGGUGGUGAACCUACGUGGUGAACUGUUGUUCCGAUCGUGGCGCAACUUGUUCGACGGAUCAAGAGCAGCGUUCGAUGCCGUAUCCAAUAUAUACUCCUUCAACAACAAAAAUGUCCUUAUUGAUCCCACAUGGCCAACGAAAGCAGUGUGGCAUGGCGCGGAUGAAUCGGGCAACUGUGAUCACAACGCGUACUGCAAAGAAUGGAAUAGAGAAGAUCCAGAUUUGAAGGGUUUAGGGUCUUCGCUGCAUAGUCAUAAACUGCUAGAUCAGGAAUUAUUCAGCUGUGAUAAUAAACUUAUAAUACUUUGCGUUGAACAAACUACCUCAUGGAAACGACGGAGACAUUCCUCGCAUGGUCUUCGACACCACAAUCGUACGAUUCAUUGAAGACCACAAGUAUGAGAAUGUUAACUUAAUUUAUAGAAAGUAAAGAAUACCCUUCCAACUACCCAAAUCUGGAUAUAGUUGACUAAACCACCUCACAGACUUACACCGAGUCUACAUAAUGGAAGCUAAGCAGCAGUAUAAAUUACAAGACAAUCGGAAAAGCGCCCAAACAAAGUGACAGACGUCUUACAAAGCUAAUACCAAUCGAUCCUCUCUUAUAUGUGAUAUUCACUGCCGAGUAUCUAAACCUCGAUGUGUAACAUUCACUGCCGCGUACUGUAUCCAUUUUAUCACCAUUAAAUGUACUUAAAGUAAAUACUUGAGUUAAUUCUCGGGAACUGGUGUAACCAAAGCGCAAUUUGUAUGUGAAAUUGAGUGAAUGAAUAGUGAUAAAAUAUUUAAAGUGUUGAAUAGUGGAACAUGAAUGAAGGUGACUGACACGUUGUUUUAAGUUUGUUAUAAGUUCGUGUUCUUACGAUUUAUAUUUUGUACCAGUUUUGGUUUUACUCUACCUUAGCCAGUAUUAUGGCUCUUCUGCGCAUGCUUUUUUUACACUACACAAAA